AUGGGUGGGAAGAUUGAUAGAACUAUUAACAAUGGAACAUCGCCUCCCAUAUUCCGUAUAAAUGGUCAAAAUUUCCACUGCAUUGGAAGUCUACUGCCGGCACUCGGUACUCAACCUAAAUUUGCACAAUUAUACAUUCACGAUACAGAGAAUGAGAUACAAAAUCGCUCCAACUCUUUCAGGAGCGAAAGUAAUGGUUCUGCCGUGCAUCUUGAUGUCGUUCAUGACAUUAAGCAAGACCUAGAUGAUCACAAUGUUUUGGUUAAGUCAUUCCGAAUGGCCAAGUCAUUUAUGCAAUCUAAUCCUACAAGUGAAAUUAGAAUGAGAUUAAUCGGGAAGAGAUCUAAAGAUGCUAGAACGUAUGCACUACCAACUGCUUCAGAGGUUGCUGCUCUCAUUGUUGGAGAUCUAGACCCUUGCAUGUGUGAACGUGAUAUCGUGGUCGAGUCUAGAUCUGGAAUGCUUAAACGAAUUAGUGAACUAAACCCAGCGUAUCUACCAUUGCAAUACCCAAUUUUAUUUCCAUAUGGGGAGGAUGGUUUCAGGGAAGAUAUACAUUUUGCCACACAUAGUAAUAAACAAAAUUUUGCAAGAAAGAGUGCUUCACAAAGAGAGUACUUCGCGUUCCGUAUUCACGAAAGAUCAAAUGAGAUCUCAACUAUAUUGUACGCUAAAAGGUUAUUCCAACAAUUCUUGGUUGAUGCGUAUACUAUGGUUGAAUCUUCGAGGUUGCUAUACAUUAAGUCAAAUCAAAAAGCUUUAAGAUGUGAGGCGUAUAAAGGUCUUUCUGAUGCGUUAACAAGAGGUGAAGUGCAACCUAGCUCUCAAGGUAAAAGGAUAAUAUUACCUUCAAGUUUCACGGGAGGAGCAAGAUACAUGAUACAGAACUACCAAGACGCCAUGGCAAUUUGCAGAUUUAUAGGUUAUCCAAACCUGUUUAUUACUUUUACAUGUAAUCCUAAAUGGCCGGAGGUUCAACGCUUUUUGGAGAAAAGAAAUUUGAAAGCUGAAGAUCGUCCGGACAUUGUUUGCCGAGUUUUCAAAAUGAAGCUAGAUUGCUUAAUAAAAGAAAUAAAAAAUGGGAAACUGUUUGGUCCUGUAAGGGCAGUAAUAUACACAAUUGAGUUUCAGAAACGGGGUCUUCCACAUGCUCACAUAUUAUUGUUCCUACAAGGGACGAGUUGCUUUGCCAAUCCUGCUUUUAUGGACACGAUAAUUUCGACCGAGAUCCCAGACAAGUUGAUAGACAUUGAGUAUUACAAAGCGGUCAAAGAAUUCAUGUUGCACGGCCCAUGUGGUGUUGCCAGGAGUAAUUCACCGUGCAUGGUAAAUGGCAAGUGCUCGAAGCAUUUUCCAAAGAGAUUUAUUGAUGCAUCCCAUUUUGACCAGGAUGGAUACCCGUUGUAUCGAAGAAGGGAUGAUAAGAGGACAAUUAAAAAAAAUGGAAUAGAGUUGGACAAUAGGUAUGUUGUUCCACAUAAUCGGUACUUGCUCUUGAAAUACAAAGCACACAUCAAUGUAGAGUGGUGUAACCAAUCUAGGUCAAUCAAGUACUUAUUCAAGUAUGUCAACAAGGGUAACGACCGUGUAACGGCUGAGUUUUAUAAGACUACAAUGGAUGAAGCUGGUAAUGAGAUGGUCGAUGAAAUAGACAUGUACUAUGAUUGCCGGUACAUCUCUGCAUGCGAGGCCGCAUGGCGGUUGUUUAGUUUUGAAGUUCAGUACAGGACUCCACCCGUUGAGCGACUAAGCUUUCACUUGCCUGACUGCCAAUCUGUUGCGUUCCAAGACGAUGAUACUAUCGAUCAUGUCCUGAAUAGAGAAACCGUUGGGCAAAGUAUGUUUAACGCAUGGUUUGUAGCCAACCAGAAGUUUAAAGAAGCGAGCUUAUUAACUUACAUUGAGAUGCCUAAGAAAUUUGUGUGGAAAAAGGACAUUCGUGAAUGGCAUCCAAGAAAGAAGGGUUUCUCAAUUGGUCGGAUAUUCUAUGUCCCACCAGCAUCAGGAGAAAUUUAUUAUUUAAGGUGUCUAUUGAACAUAGUCCGUGGUCCAAAAUGCUUCCAAGAUAUUAGGACAGUUAAUGGUUUUGAGUACUUGACCUUUAGAGAUGCAUGUUAUGCUCAUGGAUUGUUAGACGAUGAUAAAGAAUACAUUGAUGCUAUAAAUGAAGCAAGCUACUGGUCAUCUGCAUAUUCAUUAAGGAAGCUAUUUGUUGUCUUACUAACAUCCUCAUCAAUCAUUAGACCCGAAAAUGUUUGGAAUCAGGUGUGGCAACAUUUGUCUGAAGAUGCUCAACACUAUCAAAGAAGAAUAUUAAAACAACCAGAUUUGGUCUUAACAGAGGAAGAGAAAAAGAACUUUGCCUUGAUCGAAUUGGAAAACCUAUUGGGACAUCAAAAUAAAUCUUUAAAAGAAUAUCCUCCGAUGCCAAUACCAAGUACAGAUAAUUCAAGGUUGCUUCAGAAUAGGUUGAUAUUUGAAGAGUUAGCUUACAAUCGUGAGCAGUUGAAAGAAGAUGCUGAAGUGUUGUGUGCAAAGCUAACUGAAGAACAGAGUCUCAUCUAUGAUACGGUUAUACAAGACAUUGAAGAAGGUAAAGGUGGAUUAUUUUUUGUUUAUGGUUACGGUGGAACAGGAAAGACUUUUUUGUGGAGAGCGUUGUCAGCUGCAAUCCGAUCCAAAGGUAAGAUUGUUUUAAAUGUGGCAUCAAGCGGCAUAGCUUCUCUAUUGUUACCAGGUGGUCGUACUGCUCACUCGAGAUUUGCAAUACCUAUUGCAAUAAAUGAAGACUCAACCUGUAACAUUAAGCAAGGUAGCGAGCUGGCUGAAUUGUUGAUAAAGACGAGUUUGAUAAUAUGGGAUGAAGCUCCCAUGAUGCACAAACAUUGUUUUGAAGCAUUAGAUCGAACUAUGAGGGAUUUGUUGCGUUUUGUAGACCCGUGUAGUGAAAUGAAGACGUUUGGUGGUAAAACAGUUGUUUUGGGUGGAGAUUUCUGUCAAAUCCUCCCGGUAGUCCCAAAAGGUACACGGCAAGAUAUUGUUUCUUCAGCCAUAAAUUCAUCAUACCUAUGGGAUAGUUGCAAAGUUUUAAGGUUGACUCAAAACCUUAGACUAUGUUCGGUACCCAAUGGUGGAAAUCGGCAGGCCUUACAAGAAUUUGCCGAUUGGAUUGCUAAUGUCGGUGAUGGAAAGCUGGGUGGGCGGAAUGAUGGUUUCGUAGAGGUUGAAAUUCCAAAACACAUGUUACUGUCAGCUGGAGCGGAUGAUAUUAAAACAAUUGUGCAUAGUACAUUUCCUAGGUUUGCAAAUGGAAACACUGACCCCGAGCAUCUAAUAGGUCGUGCUAUAUUAGCACCAACGCUCGAUGUGGUCAACGCAGUCAAUGAAUAUAUGACUGAGUUGCAUAAUGCCGAAAGCAGAUCGUACUUUAGUUCAGACGCAGUAUGCAAAGCCGAUGGCGACAACGGUAUAUUUGGAGAUGUACACACACCGGAAUUUUUAAACAGCAUUAGGGUUUCAGGUCUACCAAAUCAUGCAUUGACUUUGAAAAUAGGAUCCCCGGUAAUGUUAAUGAGAAACAUUGACCAUUCUCUUGGUUUGUGCAAUGGGACUCGGCUGAUAAUCACAAAGUUAGCAGACCAUGUUAUUGAAGGCGAGAUUCUGACUGGACCUAACAAAGGUACAAAAGUGUUGAUCACCCGAAUGUCAAUGUCACCCUCUGAUCCAAGAUUGCUGUUCAAAUUUCAACGAAGGCAAUUCCCAAUUAUGAUUUCAUAUGCAAUGACCAUUAACAAAAGUCAAGGACAAACGUUGACUCAUGUUGGUUUAAUACUAAAGAAACCGGUUUUUGUACACGGCCAAUUGUACGUUGCUGCAUCUCGGGUUAACAAUCCAGACGGUCUCAAAAUAUUGAUAGUCAAAGACCCAACUUCAACUACUUCAUCAACCACUAAUGUUGUAUAUCAUGAGGUUUUCAAUAAUCUGUAA